AUGACAACCGAAGACGGUGAUGCAGACGCUGCUUCUAAGCAUGUUCUGCAACAGCUCUCAGACACAGUGUAUGCAUGCUCCUCACUGUCGCCGCUGUCUAGCAGGCCUGGUAAUUUUGUUUACCGUGGUGUCUUGGUUCAUCCCCUCUCCGCCAAAGAUGAGGCCCCUGUUCGGACUGUUAUAAUCAAGCAUUGCACCCUUUCUACGAGCGAAGAUGCCCCGAACCACGUGGCUUGCCGUAACUUCGAGGAGCUCUUGCUCAACUCAAUCGCUCAUUUUUCACCCCUCACCGAUCCAUCUAUUCUGAUCAAGGUACCGCGUUUAAAUUUACUAGAUGAAGCGAAUAACAUUCAAGUCCUGGAAGAUUUCAAUGAUACCACAGGACUGAAAUCCAUGUUGCUUUCCGCUGAAGCCAGUAAUCUUCUUACUUCCAGCUUAGAGGCCAUUGGAUUUGCCUUGGGUGCCUGGCUUCGGGCGUUUCAUAUGUGGGCGGCGGCGCCUGAGCAGGCCGCCCUCAGAGCGGAGAUGUGGCAAAGUGAUCCGAUGCGAAAGACAAAAUAUCUCUUCACCUAUCACGGCUUUCUGAAGGUGUUAGAGAUGCAUCCGGAAGUUCUAGAAGGUCACAGAGAAAUCUUGGAGAUAAUCCGAGAUACCAUAUCGAAGGAAUAUGAGAGACCCAGUACUGAAGACGAUGAAGACUUGGGACUUAUUCAUGGGGACUUUUGGUCAGGAAACAUCUUGCUUCCUGCCACGCCGUGGCGAGAGCCUCCACUAUCAGAUGUGCCUAACAAGUUGUUUAUUAUUGACUGGGAAUUUGCGCAAUUUGGCCACCGAUCCAAUGACAUAGGUCAACUCAUUGGUGACCUUUAUGAAAGGAAGCUGUACGGUAAUGUUGAAACUGUCGCACCUGUUAUGGAGGGAGUCAUCAGGGGAUAUGGCGAGUUAAGUGAGCAAAUGGCGUUUCGGGUUGCCAUUUAUGUGGGUGUUCAUUUAAUCGGCUGGUAUAACCGAAGGCCCCGAAAAGGCCCCAAAGUGGUUCCCUCACAUGUCACCUUGGAGGGGUUGACGAUUGGAAGGGAUUUCAUUAUAAAGGGAUGGGAGAAAGACAGAAAGUACUUCGGGAACAGUGCAUUGGCAUCAUUAUUCAGGAGAGCAUGA